AUGUCCGACCCCCAUGAUUUAACAAGAACGUGGGGUGACAUAGAUUCGGCAGUUCGUCGUAUAGCGGCACGUUGUGAAAUUUAUAAAGAUCCAACCGAUCGCGUGUUUUCCGAAGCAACAGAAGCAGGAAAACUAGUAGAAAUCAAAGAAUCAUUUGAGGAGGAAGCGUUACAAUUUCGUUUAGCUGUUAUUCGACAACGUUUGAAACAAGAAAAACGUGAUAGCUGGCUUCGACCAAGUGCUUACUAUUAUAUGGGUUUAGUGAAGCAUUGA